GUCAAGACCAGCAACAACUUGAGUGUGGGGUUUGACUCAGCGGCAAUGUCUCUCGGAGCGACGGUAAACUUGAUAUAAACUUGCCCUCGCCAAUUCAAGCGUUAUUAUUAGACCAAGGCACUACUUGUCCCCAGCACCAGCAUGGAAGAGAGACUCCCGGCAACCCCACCGCCUAUGGCGGACAUACCCCGUCCACAUUGGGACGGUUUCCAAGCCACAUCAGAGCUUCAGAUUCAGUCUACUUUCUUCGGCAUACUGCCGAGAGAGGUCAGGGACAUGAUUUAUGCUGAGUUUUGGGAGGUGUCGGGCCCCCGGCAGCAUAUCUUGCAUAAAGAUGACGGUCAUCUGACACACUUCCCGUGCAUCAUCGGGGAGGACGAGAAAGAUGAGAGGAACGAGAUGUUUGGCGUGCUGUGGCGUGAGCAGCAGAAGCGGCAGCCAAGAUCACUCGUGGUGAACACCGAAUGGGCUGAGAGGAUGUCGUCGACUUGGCAACAGCACUGGAAGUGCGAGGAAGCCAUGAAGGGCGCUGCGAACGAGGGCAAAGUCACGGGGACUCUGUUCCUGACGUCGCUGUUGGCUUGUAAACGGAUGUAAGAUAAGUAUCUCGAAGCUCUACCGUCACUCUACGCUUCAACAACCUUCAUCCUCACCCACCUCCCCACAGCCCACCACUUCCUCGUCUCCCAUCCAACCUCCUCCACGCCCCUCAUUCGCUCCCUAUCCCUCUCCCUCUCCCUCUCCUACAACACCCUCCACUAUCACCGCUACGCCUCCUCC